GGACGAGCUGAUGCUCUGCGGAGGAACGUUGGCCAGGAAGAGGGUCAACAACAGAGAUUUCUCACUCCCAAAAUGGCAAAGGAAGACGGUACCUGGCAGCUCUAUUACUGGCCCAAACUAGCAGGGAGGGCAGAGUUUGUAAGAAUCAUAUUCGAAGAAGUUGGGGAGAAGUUCACAGAGAUUAAUGACCUUGAUGUGUUGGUGCCAAUGUUCCGUCAUGGAAAGGUUGAAGGAUGGCCAUGUCUUACCCCUCCAAUGAUAAAGAAAGGUGAUUUCCAACUCUGCCAAACACCAGUUGUCUGCAAGUAUCUAGGAAAAGAGUUUGGUUUGUAUCCUGAAAAUUCUGUUGAUGAAGCAAAAGCUGAGCAAGUGAAUGCAACCAUACAUGAUUAUAUUGGGGAGGGGAGAUUGGCAUUUCAUGGGAAGAACUUCAUGAUGAGUUACUACCAACAGCAGGAGGAAACAAAGCCCUACAUCAAGACUUUUGUAGAAACAAGACUUCCUCGAUACCUUGAGCAUUUUGAGAAGCUGCUUCGUGCCAAUGACAAUGGAGAUGGAUUUGUUAUUGGCAAAAGGUUGACCUAUGUUGAUCUUGGUCUGCUCCAUGUUCUCCGAGCAACAGAAUCACAGUUUCCAGAUUCCUGGAAAAGUUUUGAAAACAUACCAAAACUUAAGGCCUUUAAAGAUAGAAUUGCAGCGAGGCCAAGGCUUGCAGAUUACUUCAAAUCUGACAGAUGCAAACCGUUUGAGGGAAACAGCAUGAUGUAACAUUUUAGAACUUGUAUUUGAAAAGAUGCAUGCACAUAAUUAUCACAUCAAACUCUACUUUGAUACAAAUUAAUAAAGUUGAUAGUUGUACUUAAGUAUUUUAGAAUUCACUAGAGCCCAGGAUGUUUUUGGCUUUUUCAAGUAUAUGCAUUUGUUGCCUAUUUUUAUAGGUUAUUACUAAGCCUUGCAGAAAUCAAUUUCAAAUUGUUUUCUAGGGGUGAUGACACAUGCACCUUUUGAAUAUCUUGUAGGUUCUGUAGCAAAACUUUUAGUAAAACAGUCAAGCACAUCUUUUGUACCUGGCUUGCUUUUUUACCUUUUGUUGCUUACAAUGAUGCAUAACACUAGCAUUUGUUUAAAAUCACCAUUAUUGAUCAUGUCAUUUUGUACACAAUCUGUAACAUCA